GUAAUACUUUCUAAUAUUCAGAACAGAAGCCCCAAGCCUGGCCCUGCUCCCCACGAUCAAGAACUAGGUUUUUUCCUAGAAACAGGACUUCAGAGAGCCCAUGUCCUCUAUUUCAAAAAUGGGAACUUGACAAGAGGAGUCGGGAGAUUCAGAGAGAUUCUCAGAGCAGUGGAAACAAGAACAACCCAAAAUCUGAGAAUGACAAUAGCCAGACAGUUGGCCGAGAUCUUGUUGCGGGGUAUGUGUGAGCAGAGCUACUGGAACCCCCUAGAGGAUCCCCCGUGCCAGUCACCUCUGGAUGACCCUCUCCGGAAAGGAGCAAACACCAAAACCUACACACUGCCUCGCAGAGCCCGCGUCUACUCAGGCGAGAACAUUUUUUGUCCGCAAGAAAAUACUGAAGAGGCCCUGUUGUUACUGCUGAUUAGUGAAUCCAUGGCCAACCGGGAUGCUGUGCUGAGCAGAAUACCUGAGCACAAGAGCGACCGACUCAUCAGUCUGCAGAGUGCGUCCGUGGUCUAUGAUUUACUGACCAUUGCUCUUGGAAGAAGAGGCCAGUAUGAGAUGCUGUCAGAGUGCUUAGAAAGAGCCAUGAAGUUUGCCUUUGAGGAGUUCCACCUAUGGUACCAGUUUGCUCUGUCGCUGAUGGCUGCUGGAAAAUCUGCCCGUGCUGUGAAGGUGCUGAAGGAGUGUAUCCGUCUGAAGCCGGACGAUGCCACCAUUCCGCUGCUGGCCGCCAAGCUCUGCAUGGGCUCUCUUCACUGGUUGGAAGAGGCUGAGAAGUUUGCCAAAACUGUCGUUGAUGUGGGAGAAAAAACGUCAGAGUUCAAGGCCAAAGGCUACUUAGCUCUGGGGCUCACAUACAGUCUGCAGGCCACUGACGCUUCUCUGCGAGGGAUGCAGGAGGUCCUGCAGAGGAAAGCGCUGCUUGCAUUUCAGAGGGCCCACAGCCUGUCACCUACAGAUCACCAAGCAGCUUUCUACCUGGCUCUGCAGCUCGCCAUCUCCAGACAGAUACCAGAGGCUCUAGGGUACGUCCGUCAAGCUCUCCAACUCCAAGGUGAUGAUGCCAACUCGCUGCACCUCCUUGCCCUCUUACUGUCAGCACAAAAGCAUUACCACGAUGCUCUAAACAUCAUUGACAUGGCCCUGAGCGAAUAUCCGGAGAACUUUAUACUACUGUUUUCCAAAGUGAAGUUGGAGUCUCUCUGCCGGGGUCCAGAUGAGGCACUGCUCACCUGUAAGCACAUGUUACAAAUAUGGAAAUCCUGCUACAACCUAACCAAUCCCAGUGACUCUGGACGUGGGAGCAGCCUCUUAGAUAGAACCAUCGCCGACAGACGACAGCUUAAUACAAUCACUUUACCAGACUUCAGCGAUCCUGAGACAGUGUCAGAUUCCUCCUCCUCCUCCUCCUCCUCUUCUCUUUCAAGAACCGAAUCUCCUCUCCACCUGUUUGUAUCUUCUCAUCUUCAUUCUCAUCCCAAACCUGAUACCUUUGUGUGGCCCCCUGCUGCUCAUUCAGUCAGUGACGCAGGUCCCCGCCGGGAACCCUCUCUCUGCUCCAUCCAUGCCACAUCGGUAGCAGCCUCAAGAGUGGAGCAGGCACUGUCAGAAGUGGCCUCAUCUCUGCAGAGCAGUGCCCCCAAACAGGGCCCGCUGCAUCCCUGGAUGACACUGGCACAGAUCUGGCUCCAUGCAGGUACCACUCUGCUCGCUCCUGCAUGGGCUCCUCCACCCACCUACCCCGUCCAGCAAUCCCUUGCUGGGAAGAGGCUGCAGGCUCCUGCAGACUCUUACUUGUCAGUGAGCCCAGGACCCCUCAUGGGUUAUGACAUGGCAGAGCUCCUCCUUGGGGAGGCAAAGCUGGAGCAGCAUCUGAAGGGCCACCCCCUGAGGCAGGGGGCCAGCCCCCGAGGCCCCAGGCCCCAGCUGACUGAGGUCCGCAAGCACCUGACUGCUGCCCUGGACCGAGGGAACCUCAAGUCAGAAUUCCUACAAGAAUCCAAUCUGAUCAUGGCCAAGUUGAAUUAUGUGGAAGGGGAUUAUAAGGAAGCGCUGAACAUUUAUGCCCGCGUGGGCCUUGAUGACUUGCCUCUGACAGCUGUCCCUCCGUAUAGACUGCGAAUGAUCGCGGAAGCCUACGCUACCAAAGGUGAGGCCUGUGUGCUUCUCCCUCGGGCUUCACAUUCCCUGGAGCCAACAGAACCUCUCUCUGCCCUCUGUGAGUCCUAGGCUUUGGCUGGUGAUUAGCUCGGCCAUUCUCAGCAAGACCACCUGGGUUGGCCCCACUGCACGUUCUGGGUGAUCUUAAGUCCAACAGCACAUUGUUUCCGAAGAGUUUCAGUGCCUCAGCUGUUGCUGAUGGGAACGAAGGCAGCAUAUCUUGGUAAAGUUUCUUGAUAACUGAUCGACUCAAGCAUGGACUUGCCUUGGUAAUCAACUUACUGCACAACAUCGACAGGAAUUCAUAUCAUAUGAUAACUGGCCACAUGGCUGACCAUAUUUUUAUUCAUUGAUGCCACCUUGGGGUUAAUUAAGGUCACAUGGUAGUCACUGUGCCAUCAAUCUACUGAAAGUGCACCAGGUCCUUAUUAGGGGCAGAAGAAAGUGUAAAUAUCUCUAGUGCCACGAAGGCACUUGUAAUCUAGUAUGAGAGGAUAUAGUCCCUUGGAAAGAAAAAGGAUGGAAAGACAGGGCACACACAUUGUUUGACACAUGUUAUUAUGCCAAGAUGCCAAUCCCUCCUCUGAAAUGGAUAUAACCAUGCUAUAUUUGAGAAUGAAGUCAAAUAAUGUAUGUAAAGCACUUACUACAA